AUGCCACGGUACACUUGGACCUCUGCGCAGCCCCUUAACGACGACCAGAUCUCAUACUUUGCAUACACGAUUCAGCACGCAGUGUUCCUGGCAAAGCAAGCUGUGAUGUACUGGCCAUGCGAACCCUACCGCGAUUCAACAUUCCUGCGCUACUUCGAUCCUACCGAAGCCGAGUUUGCCAAGAACAUGUUCCGAGCGAUAGCCAACGUGCCAUUCGACCUGGACCUCACCGACCGGGCCGCGCUCGAACGGCUUGCAAGCGACCCUGUCAGUUUCAAUCCGCGGUUCGCAGGGUUGUCCAUUCAUUUCUUGGGGAACCAUCCAGAUUUGUUGCCCGAGGACGAUGGUCCCGGCGUCGUAGACCGAGGCUGUGAGGAUGACCUCGAAGAAGAUGCAGAGAGGUUUGCUUUCAUUGAAGUGAAAUCCGGGGGCAGUGUCGGCCUAUUAUCCUUCUGCAGAAAGGUCUACCUAGAUUUACCCAUGCUUAACGACUUGCUACACCCACCAGACUGGGCACUAGACUGGCUCAUGGAUCAGAGCAAUGGAAGGCAAUACAAAUUCGGGUACGGCGGCUGCAGAGACUUCGACUACCGGGAUAAUAACUGGAUGGACACCACCGGGCGGAACAUGUUGCACGAGUUCUUCCACUACCCCGGUCUGUUUGCAGAUGUGCCCAACUACGCAAGGAUGAUCCCGUUCGAGUACCAAAAUGCUUGGGGCGAGACAAUCCCGCAUCAGAUACUCGAUUUUCAGCCCGAUCUGGACAGGGACGAAGUCGAGGGCUACCCCGAGAACGCCUACGGCGGCUGGAAUGCCAUGCGGAUCAACCAGCUGGAACCCUUGGACAACGACGGUGUGAGAUACAAGGGUAUUUACAACCCCGACAACUACGCCUGGUACGCCACGAGUGUCUUCUGGUCAAGGCGGUGCGGGCAAAGAUUUAGUGCACCAGAGGAUUAUGGGGAUUAUGAUAGGGACCGGUCACACCCUUACUUCCCAUUUUGA